AGUACAACAGUUCUCUGUGCGCUCCCAUUCAUUUCCUGAGAACUGCCUGAGCCGAGCAGCUGAGAGGCAGAAGGGGAGGGAGCUGCUCACUCACAUACACUCACUCUCACUCACACACACGCGCAUUGUCACAAACACACAUACACAAGCACAUACACGCAGAGUGAGAGGAGAGAAGAGGAGAGGGAGAGGAGGAGAGGAGACAGAGAGGAUUGUAGAAAGGAAAACAGUCUCCACGGCUCUGCAGCUUCUGACAAGGCAGCCUAAGAAACAGGAUGUUAAUGCUUGACGGAAUGCCUGCGGUCCGAGUCAAAGCUGAGCCCCUGGAAUCGGAACAAGGGUUACCUAAAGUGCGCCCUUACUCUGCAAUGGACGGCGUCCCCUUCUUCCUCAGCAGAGUUAAACACGAACCUCCAGAAGACCUGCUCGCUAACGACCUGCACUUCUACACACAGACCGAGCCUGUCGACCUGUCAAUCAACAAACCCCGCCCCUCCUCUUCAUCAACCACCCCUACCACCACCUUGUCAUCCUCCCCUCUCAGAUACGCUUUCUCCCCGUCUUCUUUAUCGUCGUCAUCCUCCUCCUCCUCCUCUCCAUCGGUUAUCACCUCAGCCUCAUCUGUGCUAACCCCUGGAACCGGGCUGAGAGGUCAGCCGUAUUUGCACAUUCUGCACUCUGUGCCGCCGCCUCCAUCCAGCCCAUUGAGCCUGCAGGGAGCGGGGAAGCUUGCCAGCCAUGUUCACCGCAUCCCAGUUGUGGUACAGUCACUGCCACUCAUGUACACCACUGCCGUUCGAUCACCCUCCAGCCUCAACAACCCCAUCAUGCUACCUCUGCUGGACGAGGUGAAAAACCAUGGCAAAGCACACAUAGACCCCAACGGCCUCUCGCCAAGGCAGAUCAAGAGUGACAGCGAUGACGACGACCUGCCAAACGUGACCUUGGAUAGUGUUAAUGAGACCGGCUCUACUGCGCUGUCUAUAGCCCGUGCUGUACAAGAUUCCAUGUCCCCGUUCAGUAUUGACAGCAUACGGCGCCCCCGGAGGUCAGAGUCACCAGAUUCCAAAAAGAGAAGAAUUCACAGAUGUGACUUUGAGGGCUGCAAUAAGGUGUACACCAAAAGCUCCCAUUUAAAAGCACACCGGAGGACACAUACAGGGGAAAAGCCAUACAAAUGCACCUGGGACGGCUGCACGUGGAAGUUUGCCCGCUCUGAUGAGCUGACGAGGCAUUACAGAAAACACACAGGGGUGAAGCCCUUCAAGUGUGCAGACUGUGACCGCAGCUUCUCCAGAUCUGACCACUUGGCCCUGCACCGACGGAGACACAUGCUAGUGUGAAUAAGAUGGAGAGAGAUAAAGAGAUAAAGAGAGAGAGAGAGAGAGAGAGAGAGAGAGAGAGAGAGAGAGAUCAAAGGAACAGACACACAAACACAGGCAGCCGGGGGAGCGGGAUCUCCCUAUGAAUGUUUUUCAGCUGGCCUGGACGCACACACGUACACAUUCAUAUAUACACACACACACACACACACACACACACACACACACACACACACACACACACACACACACACACUCAUCCGUCAUAAGGAGAGAAGAUGGAGGGGUGCACAGAGCUUGUGGAGUACAAAACAGGGUCACUUUUGGAUCCUCUUUGGGUUGGAAGGAAUAGACGGCAGGAUCUGUUAUUGUUAUUCUUUGGAGUAUAAUAGGGAACUGUCUUUUACAGCACUGUUUGUAAAUGUUUCACUUUGAUUUUUAAAGAUAAACUCGCACUCUUUAUUUGGACAAAAAAAUAUAUAUAUAAUGCAAUCGCAACAGUCUCUUUUUGGUAUCUUUCUUUUCAUUAUUGUUAAAAUGGCUGCUUUUCCAGCACUCAUAAUGUGAAAGACCCCAUUUAAUGGAAUGGAUUUCCUCUGUGAGCAGAAAGAAGUUAGGCCUGGACUAGAUCACAGGAAAGGACUUGGGCCUAGUUGGAGUUACAGGCAGUAUUGUUGCGCCGUGCAUCCAUUUGAGUCUGAUGUGUGACCAAUAGAGGGCUGCAUUUAAUCACAGAUGGUUUCCUUUGCCUCCUGGAGCCUGCUCUUCUAUCUGAGGCAUCCCAUAUAGAAGCUCAAAGAGGGCUGGACUUUCACCUGUCUCACAGCCAGCAAAUGGUAAAUGACAUUAACUCAAAUAGCCACAGCCUGAAUGGAUUAACCUCAUCUACACGUCUACUUUUACAGAUAUUCAUUGCUUUAUUUCAAACAAUUAAAACUGGACAAGCACAUCUUCACACCAGCAAAGAAACACACCGUUUAUGACCCGCUCACUGGGCCGGACAACCCCAAAUCUCAUCAGUGCUAUUCUUUAUGUUGAGCCUCUUGAAAGCAUUUCUUAAAAAAAAAAAUAUUUGGUGGAAUUUGUGCUGUGAUUAGCAAUCAGUAAAGUGCAAUCUUAAAGGAUAAAUAUACUUUCAGUAUGACAACGUUUUGUUUAUUGAAUCUUACUUUUUUCUUUUUAAAUGCCUGCUUAUUGCUUAUGUUUGACUCAGAAAAAUACAACCCCUCAUGUACAGUGAACUUUGAAACAAUCAGAGGAGAUUUCUAGUAUGUGAAAAAAAAUUAGAGGCACCUUACAGACUCAUGCUUUUUAUUCUGUCCCGAUUGAUCUGUUUUUUUUUUUUUUUGUUUUUUUAUUAUUCAGCUCUGUUUUCUCAGCUGGGUUUGACAGUGAAAGGAACUUGCGUUGUGGUUUUGCACAACGGCACUUGAACCAUAAGCUGAAACUGACAUCAGCUGCAGUGUUACAGGGAUAGUGUGCUACCUGAUGUACAAUACAGAAGAGCAAUAUAUACUGAACAAAUUGAUGAGAAGGAACGCCUUCUCGUUGUUCUGUUUGCUGAUGUCAAUACAGGAGGAGAAGUUUCUAACUGGGCCAACUCCUCACUCUGUACCACGACGCCCUCUGUUUGAUUGGUUUGUAGCUCCAGCACAAGGCUCCACUCUGAUGUGUCUCAGUUACUCCGAAUCAUUUUAUUUUGUUUUGUUUGUCUCAGAUACAGAAAGUCACUUGAAAUGUUUCACCUCAGACCAGAUAUAUGAUGUGAUUUACCUGAGAUUUGGAUAUAUAUAAUGCUGAAAAAUUGAGGACUCACAUAUGCAUACAUACAAAGUACAUAGAAUUAAAACAAUACAUACACAUGUACAGUACAUACAUGAAUACAUUAUGUAAGUACAGUAAGACUACAUUUUAGAUGCAGUUACUGGCAGAAAUAUCUUACCUCUUAGAGAACAUCACUUAACCUUAAUCAGGAAAUUUAAUGAAAAAGUUUUUUAUAGUCAUAAUGACAGAUAUGUUUCCAAGUAUUUUCAAUACUCUUCAUGCUGUGUAAGACCUGCACACAUAAACUCAGAGCAUCAGGCCAUCCCAUAUUAUUUGAUAGUGCUGCUAAAUGCAUUUAUUGGAUCGAAGCCAGUAAAAAGAAAUGGCAACCUUUUUGAUAAUAGCACCUUGAAAACCACUCACUCACACACUCAUACACAUAUACACACACACCUGCACACUUUGCAUUUAACAUCCUCACUUUCAGUAAAGUAACCAAAUCCAGGAAGUCAUUUCCACACAUGCACCCAAUGUAUGUGAUACCCAUUUGAUGUAAUGGAGAAUGGUAAUGUAUGUUAUCAUUAUUUAUGUAUAUUCUUUGCGCACGUGUCAUUAUGCCCAGUUGUAUUAUCAUUUUGGCAAAAGCAUAUCAGCACCUUGUUUGUUUAUUAGUAUGAUUUCAAAUUAUUUUAUUUCAGAUGUCAAUUUAUAAACAAUAAUCAUGAUCAUAUUUUAUCCUCCAUAUAAUGUAUAAGAGCAAUUUAUUAUUGAGGGGCCCUUCAUCUUUUCAUACAAAUCUUUUUCUUCUGUAAAAAGGAUCUUUUGAAAUGUUGUAAUAUAUGUGAUAGUGAAGAUAAAAGUUAUUACAAAGUUCUACAGCCUGUAUAUACAUUUGAAAAAUAGGGCUUUUGAUUAGUAGAUGCAGGAAAUACAUUUAUACAUGUAAAGUCUUUUUUCAGAGACUGUAAUUUAUCUAAUUUGAUAUACAGUGAAAUGGGGCUAAUGGUAUCCACCAUGUAAAUUAUCAUAUGUGAUGUUAUAGAACAGUUUGCUUUCUUUGGUUUGUGGUUAAAUAAGUUCAUGAUCAAAUCAUUUUUAUUCCCAAGGCUGAACCAGUGUUUGCUCUAUUCAACAAGUUAUUUAUAUACAUUGACCAUAUUAAGGUACUCAAUUCCCUGUGUUGCUAUUUUGCUAUACCCGGACAAGAAAUUACAUUGAUCAAGCACAUAUCAACAACACGUGUACUCUCGUAUUCAGUGUAUAACGUUGCAUGCCUUAAUACACCAGUUUUGCUAGAUUCAAUUAGACUUGAAUAUGGUGUCUCCACAGGACAGAGUGUAUUAUAAUUCAAUUCAGCAUCGCUUUCCUCAUUUUAAAAGCAUAAUUUUGUUACGGUAACCAGGGUCAAAGUUAUGCAAUAAUAAUGAAUAGUGCCUCAUAUUGCAAACUUGUAAUAUCAACUGCACUGUGCAGAGUUCGGAUUUCAACACGUUUGUUCAAUUUAAUAAAUAUCCAAUGGUAAACCAUCCAUUUUGAAGAAGAAAAAAAGCACAGACAACAUUAUGCAAGUUGGACCUUUAAUGUUUAACUUUCUUUUCGCACUGAGCCUUAUGUCAUGUGUCAAAUGCAGCAUCCUCCCAUAACACUUUCACAGGCUGUUUAUAACUCGCGUUAUUACUUUGCUUACAAUAAGUCACUUCCUCUAAGUUGGAACAAAAGUGAGUUACAAUGAUGUUUCAUACAAUGGUGUUCAUCACAAGAACUCAACAUGGAAGAUAAUGAGGAAUCUUGUGUCUGGCAUUCCGGCUGUAGAGCGACACCUUUGUUAACGAAUACUGAUAAUACACUUCUCUUCAGUUCAAUAUCUAUUUUACUUUCUGUGUAACAUCUGCUUUUGAUUUCCUGGUUUUGAAAAUUUAAGUAGUAAAGCCAAUGCCUAUGUUUCAAGUUUGCUGAUAUUGCGUACAGUAAUCGUUGUUCCUGUAUUUAUGUAAAGUGAGUGUAGUGUAAAUAUAUUCAGAUCUUUUCAUUCUUACCAUAAAAAAAAAAAAAAAAAAAGUUGUGAUAUUGCUCAGCAUUGCUUCAAAAGGGAGAUUCUGCUCAUGGAAUUCCACAUCUGUAAAAGAAAUUUUUAAUCCUGAUAUUUUUCAAAACUUCGAGAACAGGUGUCCUUUUUUUCUGUUUUUCCGCUUUUUCUUUUCUUCAAGAGUUGUUUAAGUAUCCAGUCAGUGUUUUGCCUUUUUCUCUGUAUUUUUCAUAUGGAUGGAGCUGUGAAAUUAAAAUAAGUUCAAACAUAUACAUGUAUAUUAAUAUGAAUGGAGGCAUGAAGGUUAAUAAAGUUGCAUUUUGUAUGUAA